GUCAGGUCCACUUCUCCGAAAAUGUACACAAAAGAUUUCGAUUUGCGGGUCAACUAACACAAUGAGCAUAACGUGAAAGUGUUCAGGCAUUACUGCAUAAUUCUCUGUUCAUCGCGUGCAGACUCGUUUGACAUCGCAACACUGACGCUAUGUGAAAAGUGGACUAUCAUCGAUUGUCACGGUAACCCAAGUUGGUUGUUAUUACUGUAAUUUCAAGGAAGCGGAUAUGCAUAGCCAUGGGGAUCGACCUGGAAUGCAGUACCGUGUUUAUUCGACUGCAGCCCAGAAUAAUGCGUCACAAAUACCAGUGUUCUCUCACUGCAUAAUAAGCAUUUACACAGAAAAAGUCGUCAGUCACUGUUGUGAAACUUUUCAGCAGCCAGACUCAUGAACACUGUCGCCAACUGUAGUCAGAAGUUCCAGUCAUGAUUCUUCGCAAGUUUGUUGAGGCGAGCUUGGUGCGAGCGGCCUUCUUAUUCCACGGCCUAGGUGGGGCCGUCAUUCUCGUGUAUUACACCCAGCAACCACUCUUUCUCGUCGUGGCCCUUGGUGUAUUGCUCUUCGUGUUUGAAUUGGGCACAACGGUACGAUAUAACGAGAAGGGCGAAUGGAGAUGGUUUGUCCCAGUCGUGGUGAUAUACCUCGUCAUGGUCGUACCCGUGAUUUGGAUCACGGAGCUCGACCUGCUAGACUUCCGAGUGGCCCUCAACGUGACGGGCAGCGGAAGUUGUCCGAGUCGAUUCAUCAUUCUGGAGGAGAUCGAUUCGUCUUGUAAACACGUCUUCGAUGAUGAAGUGAGAGGCGUGACCCAGGAACAGCUGGAUCGGUACAACUUUGGGCAGACGUUCUCGGCGCUGUUUCAGCAGUCCUUCAUGAUCGUACUGAUCUUGGGCCGAUGGUUGUUGCCUAAAGGUGGUAUGACCAGGAAUGAGCUAUCCCAACUUCUCCUCGUCUACGUUGGCAUGGCUGCCGACAUGCUGGAGUUCUCCACUGAGACCCUGCGUCAACCGGAGAUCGCAUGCGAGCGGCUUAUCUUCAUCGCCAUCUUGGCCGUCUGGUCCUGGUCACUGCUGCAGUUCUCGUUUGGCCAGGCCGUGGCUACACAGCGAUCUAGGCUUCUGAUAAGCAAGGUGAUAGACCGUGCUCUCGACGGGCCGCCAGUCAACUGUGCCUCCUACCUGUGUGGGUCCGAGAUCUGGGCACUGUUGACAGAUGUGAUACUCCAAGACGGUCCAUACCUGGUUAUCCGUACCUAUGUCAUCAUCGAGUACCAAAUCACCGAUAACAUUCUCAUUUUCUUCGCGGUGAAGAACCUUCUAUUGGUGAUCAUGCAGAUCUACCGAUUCAUUGUUCUCGUAGUGGAUACUGAAAACGAGUCCAGGAAACGGUUAGCUCCUGUGGAAGAGCUUGGACUAUCUGUCCUGCAGGCCUUGCAAAACACCACAGCGGCCGAUGGACGAGUGUCCCUCGCACUAUCAUACUCCAACGGGGAAUAUCAGGAACAACCGGAGGAAUUGAACCCAGGCAGUGGGACUAAUGGACCCAGUGAGAAUAUUGCUUGACUCCCCCCACAAUUUCACGAACAAACGGACAGAAUUUCCGAGGAAUUCAUGAUUAAUAAAUGAGCGCGAUGUGUGGAUAUUCAUCUAUUUUAAUUUUAUUGGUGCCUCGCCAAAUCUUUUCAAUUAGUGUUUGGUGUUUCUAAAUGUAAAACAUCUGUUAAGUACGUAGUAGUAAUGUUCUAUAGUUUCAUGAUUUUAGGUCCAGCUGUCCUUAAACUAUCUAACAGUAUUGUAGUAGAGACUUCAAACAAAUGUUUGUGUGUAAUGAAAUGUCAGAUUUGAGUCUUUGGUCUUUGGCAGACGUUUAAAAGGCUCAUGCGCUGCAACUUCUCAAUGUAGUUCUUGUAAAUACUCCGUUCAUCUGACAGAUAUAAUCUCAAUUUUAUUAUGCUGAUUUGAAGGGCAUUUUGGCGCUUUUUAUUUUAGUGCAAGAAUGCGAAUUUGCAACUUUAUGAGCAAAUGUAUGUCAUCUACGACAGAGAUCUAAAUGUUUCAGCUACUUCUGCUGUACAAUUGACCAUUUUGCUGUUGUAAAUUUUGUUUCCUUUGGUAACUUGCUUCAAUUCAUGACAGUGCGCUAGUGCGUACAGUGUUCUCGCAGAAUUUCCAGAGAGAAAUACAUCAGUCACAGGCAAAACUCAGGACAAAAACAUCUCCCCGACGCAAUUGCAUGCUCCAUCUUAUUAUUGGUACAUUUGCAGCCAAGUCACAUUGAACUUCCACCCUUGAAACAGCUCGAACAAAUGAUUAAUUACACAUAAUCAAAGAGGCCAUGGCCUCUUUAUGUGUAAUUAUGUGCGUAUGGUGGAAGCAAUACGAGUGCCAGGGACCACUUGAAGAUUGCCGUUUUUUAAAAGAGCUCCUCUAUUAAAGUAAAACAUGUUUUCUUUGAUUAUCUGUUCAAAUUAAUAUGGAAGCAUCCAAAUCAAACUUAGUGUCAUUUGUCUUCAGAGCUCAAUUAUAACAAGCUUAAAAGUUUUUCUGUUCAUGCCAAGACGCGAAUUCUGAAAGUAGCUUGCGUCAUUCGGAGAAAACAGAAAACAACAGGAACCUUCGCCCUGUGUUCGUAGUGGAUAAGCACUUGCACCGAACGCCAUAUAAUGGCUAUCUGCAUUGUUUGGCAUGGACAACGGUUUAUUCACUACGACCACAAAGCGAGGGCUCCCCUUGUUUUCUCCGAAUGACGCAGUCUACAUUGACUAUCUAGGCAUGAACAGAAAAAAACUUUUAAGCUUGUUAUAGUUGAGCUCUGAAGACAUAUCACGCUGCGUUCGAUUUGGAUGCUUCCACAUUUAUUUGAACAGAUAAAAUCAGAGAAAACAUGUUUUUCUCAGAGGUGCUCUUUUAAUACAGUCUACUAAUUUUUCUCAGGGUUAUUUUCCGUUCAGUGCUCAAAUGGAUUAAAAUUCUCCAGUGGUGCAUGGGUGUAGAUUUAUUUUACAUCAGUAAAUCAGCAAAUGUUACAUCAGAAUAUCGGGGUGGAAUGGGAUGGGAAAGAUUCACUGAGCGACCAAGUAUUCAGAAACAAUUCUUUAAUAUGUUUUGCAUAUGCCUCUUUUUAACCAGAAGAAUGUUAGUGCUAGGCUCACAGAACCCUUUCAUUUUAUCAACCAAAACGAUACAAAGGAGGCACGUGUUUAUCCGCGGCCCCAACAUUUGGGCGCUUCCUCAGCGAAGACGAAGAGACGAGCUGGAAGGGAGUUUUCCGGGCGGGCUCGUUCACCUUCAGGGUGAACGAGCAUAGACCAUACAUUUCAACCUUUGAUGAUAGUUUGAACCGCCAUCAAAAAUACACCUAAUAGAAAGCUCGUUAUCUUCAGCCUCAACCAAGCGCAGAUCCAGGGGGUUAGGCACAUGCAAAAUAAGAUGGGAUUCCCCCUCCUUACCUUUUGGUUGGCUUCCGAUUUUACCUCAAUUCGUUUAAAUGAGCAUAUAUCUCAUUAAUUUUAAUUAAAUAGUGUUGUAUUUUCAUGAAGUAUUUAGUAGUAGGUGUCUUAUUAUCUGCUGUUCUGAUAACUGCGUAAUAUUUUAACACUGGGCGAAUUGUUCUUUUAUUUUUGUACCGACGGCCAACUCAUGUUAGCAGCCAGUUGUAAAGGGAAAACUACCUCUGUAACGUCAGCAGAUCCUACUCCUUCAUAAUGCAACAAAAUGUCAUAAGUUGAGACCCAGUCAUACCCAUAUUUGAACUUUGUCCCCUCCAAUAAAUCUAAAAAGAGAGAAAAGUACACACAAUAAAACAUCACCGCUCCCCCAACUUUUAAAGUGUAGUACAUGUCCCCCUUUGUCUGUCUGAGGCAUUGCCCUUAGUUGUCAACCUGCCAUUUGAUUACGCUGACAUAGUGUUAUCCUUACAGCCGUCUCCUGUGCAGUAACAAACACAAUACGGAGGCAUUCUUAGUUUCUCGUGAUGAAUGAGUGUGACAAAGCAAGCUGAACGAAAGAUGACCUCACAAAUCAUUCAACCCACGAUACCAUUCAUAAAGUCGUGUCCGAGAGACGCCUCAUGCAGCAUACUUGAUAGAUUUCCAGCCCACUGAACGGAUUUUGACAAACGCAGCACUCAAUAAAAAUGGUAAAGUGAGUCGACAGUCUUUAAUGUGGCAAAGAUUUCAUCCGCAGUCGUCAGGUGCCAAAGUUUUCAAGAGGGUCUACCUAUUUUGUGGAUUAUAAAUAUUUGACAGUUGGCCAAGUGAUUUGUUGAUUUUAGUCAGUUGCUGAUGGCCCCAUGGAUAGUGGCUUUGUUAAUGUGGGGAUCUGCCCUGCCUGGGUUGCUUUCAAAUUCAUUCCCUCAUAGAUAUUCAGAUCUGAAUCUGCUGCCCGAAAUAGUGCACAUAGUCGUCUUGCUGUCCAAUGAUACAAUAUCUCCUUAUUGUACAAAUAAUUAUCGAUAAUACCACAUUUAAUUUUGGACCAUUGUUUACGCCACCUGUAAUUUAAAUCCUUCUUUCCAGUGGUGAUGAAUAUGUCAUCGCGAAUGAUACCACUGAGCGUGUCCGUAAUUUGGCACCUCGCGACUCUCAGUGGUUUUAUUUCUGAUCGUGUGACAUCGGCAUGGCAAUAAACCCAGCCUUUCUUCGCAACAUUGCUAUCUAGAGCUGACUACUGUGGAACUAUAGGAGGUUUUGCUGAUGUCCAAAAGAGAAUAAUUCGAACGGCAAAAUCUUUAACACACCACAAUAUAAUACGAUGUCCAGAAAACUUUUUUUAGGUCCAGUUCUUGUUCAAAAUGUACGUAUCACUCUUGUUGUUUUGAUAUGUUGCAUAAUUUCCCUUUCAAAAAU